AUGGACAUCAAGGACGCUGGAAUGAAUCCCUCGUUAAACAAGACGUCCUCGGAGCGGUCACCGAUUACUGACGUGUUCGUUGCACGGAUGGACCGGCUGAAUUCUAGCGGACAACGAUUGAUGGAUCUGGACCUUGCAAACUCGCCGCCGCAGUUGAAUACCAAUAUCGUGGAUGACUAUUGCGAGAGACUGAAACAGAUGGAAACCAUGCUGAGGCUUGCAUGA